CAGCCCGGCCCGGGGGGCGCUGCCCCGUCCCGCCCUCCCGGGGCGGCGCCCCCGCCCGUCCUCCCGGUGCCGAUCCCGGUGCCGGUGCCGGAGCCAGGCGAGGCCGGAGCGGCCCGGUGGCGGCGAGAUGGCGGAUUCCUAUACCUGUAAAGGUGGAAGGAAAACUGCAGGCUCUAACAAACCCACUGCCAGCAAAGAAAGCAGGACAGAGACGAGGAUAAACCCACCAGCAGAGCUGCCCAAACUGGGAAAUGCAACCAGUGACAAAACUGAAGGCAGGAAGAAAGGAAGACCCAAGGCUGAGAACCAGGCGCUGAAAGACAUCCCUCUCCCCCUGAUGAACCAGUGGAAGGACGAAUUCAAAGCCCACUCUAGGGUGAAAUGUCCCAAUUCAGGCUGCUGGCUGGAGUUCCCCAGCAUUUAUGGCUUGAAGUACCACUACCAGCGCUGCCAAGGGGGUGCAAUCUCGGAGAAGCUGACAUACUCAUGCUCAUACUGCGAAGCUGCCUUCAGCUCCAAAACCCAGCUGGAAAAGCAUCGGCUCUGGAAUCACUUGGACCGGCCAAUGCCAACCAGCAAAGCAGAAAACAAAGUGCCCAAGGCCAUUGGGAAGAGCAGUGGAAAGAAAAGACCUGCUGAGAGUUCAGCUUGCCCCACCAUCCAUCCCAAACAGGCAAAGAUGGAAAAAGCCGUGGCCCAGGAGCACGCAGAGAAUGGCGAGUGCCUGGCGGAGAGCCGGGAGAGCAAGGAGUUCCAGAUUGCAGCAGCUGAGGCCAUGGCAGCUGCCACCCCCACGGCCAAGUCCUCCAGUGGCAAGGACACCGGGCAGCAGAGGGGCAGCCAGGCCUCACUGCAGGAGGAAGAUCCUGAGAGGAUGAAGCACAGAAGGAAACAGAAAACUCCUAAGAAGUUUACGGGGGAGCAGCCGUCCAUCUCGGGGACAUUUGGACUGAAAGGUCUUGUCAAAGCAGAGGACAAAGCAAAAGCCCAUCGAGCCAAGAAGCUGGAGGGAAAUGCAAACAUGGAGGAGCUGAAAAAGAAACCUCCAGGAGUUGGUGUGAAGAAGGAAACAUCUGUGCAUCCACCAGCAGCAGCAAACCCUGAGGACCAGUGGCAGCGGGAGAUCAGUGAGAAGGGGGAAGUUUCCUGUCCAACCUGCAGUAUUAUAACCAGGAAAACUAUUGUGGGACUCAAAAAGCACAUGGAUGUCUGCCAGAAGCUGCAGGAUGCCUUGAAGUGUCAGCACUGCAAGAAGCAGUUCAAGUCCAAAGCUGGGCUGAAUUACCACACCAUGGCUGAACACGUCAGCAAGCCUGUUCCUGUGGAAACCGCUGGACUUGGUGAACAGGAAGAGCGGGAAAGGCUGAGGAAAGUGCUAAAGCAGAUGGGAAAACUGAAAUGUCCCAAUGAGGGUUGUGUGGCCAACUUCUCCAGCCUGAUGGGCUACCAGUACCACCAGAAGCGGUGUGGCAAGCAGCUUGCCGAGGCCGACAAGCCCGUGUUCAGCUGCCCACACUGCGGCAAGAAGUACAAAUCCAAGGCUGGCCACGACUAUCACGUGCGGUCAGAGCACCCGGCCUCGGUGAGCGCCCCGGACGCCUGCGCAGCCCGAGGAGCGGGGCCAUCCCCCCCCGGGGGGGACUGCAGAGCGCCAGAGCCCGCGGGCAGGACAGAGCCGGCCACGGCCGGGCCGGGCAAGCCUCCAGAGGAGCCAGAGGUGAAGCCAGAGCCUGCUCCUGUAGAAGAUUUUGAGAGGACCCCGAGCGGCCGCAUCCGCAGGACGUCAGCCCAAGUCGCCGUCUUCCACCUCCAGGAGAUAGCAGAGGAUGAGCUGGCCAGGGACUGGACCAAGCGGAGGAUGAAGGAUGACCUGGUGCCUGAAACAAAGCGGCUCAAUUACACCCGGCCAGGGCUUCCAAAGCUCAAUCCCAGGCUGCUGGAAAACUGGAAGAAUGAAGUGAAGGAGAAAGGCCGCAUCAACUGUCCUAACAACUGCUGUGAAGCCAUUUACUCCAGUGUCUCGGGGCUGAAAGCUCACCUGGCCAAUUGCAACAAGGGGGACCACUCAGUGGGCAAGUACCGCUGCCUCCUGUGCCAGAAGGAGUUCAGCUCCGAGAGUGGCGUCAAGUACCACAUCAUCAAGGCUCACUCGGAGAACUGGUUCCGAACCUCCUCAGAGGCCAGCCGGAAAAAGAAAAACAGAGAACAGCUUUCUUCCAGCAAAGAGGAGAAAAAGAAAAGCACAAACGGGAAGAAAAGGGGGAGAAAACCCAAGGAGAGGCCUCCGGAAAUGUCCCCGAAGGGCAAAGAGAGCGUGGCAGCAAAGACUAAUCACAAGAAAACCCUCGAGCACUGGGAAGGCUCCCGGGGCAGCCCCGAGGGGGACGAGCUCGUCCUCAAGCCCCCGAGCCAGCGGAAGGGAGGAGCCAGCAAGAUGCCCGAGAAAUGAGCAGCUCAGAGACUCGUCUCCGAGGAUUUGUUUACAGCCCAGGGUAACAGGGUGGGGGUCUCUCCCAGUUUUAUGUCCCCUCUUCCCCAUCCCACCUCCCCUUGCCCCACCCUUCUCUCACCCUCUUUUUACAAAAAGAAAGGAAAAAAAAGGAAAAAAAAAAAAAAAAGACAGAAAAUACCAGUUAACCACUUUAAACAAAUCACGGACCUUGUUUCACACUGGAAAACAAACAGGAUCAAGAAAGCUGGAACGUGCUCCACCCCCUGCCCUUGUACAUAGCCCUCGGUGGGGCCCCGCUGCCUCCCCCGGCCCGUGAUUCCCCUCCCUGCGCCAGCCUGGUGACGCUUGAGCGAGAGAGAAGUGCAAUAGCAGCGGGGUCCCGUGGCGGGGACCCUCCCCGUGCCUCCCAGCUCCAGGGUGAUGUUUCCAAAGAUGUUUGACCCGGAGGGGCCGGAGGGUUGCUGCGGUCAGGGGUCAGGCAGCGCUGUCCCUGCAGCCGCGGGUUGGGCAGGCAGCGGCUCUGUGGGAUGUCAGCCUGGCAGGGUUUGCGUGGUGCAAGGCACAGAGCAGGAUUGUGACACGCUGGGAGAGUGGGAGGUGUGAGCAGGAGAGAGGGAGCUCCGGGACUGGUCAGGCUGGAGGGUUUAAUGGGAAGUUGUGGGAAUGCUGUGGGCACCGUGGAGAGUGGCAGUGCAGUGAGGGAGCUGUGCCCUGGUGCUUGGGUUGUGUUUGCCUGGAGUGCUGUGAUGGCAGAGACAUGAUGCCAGUGCCAGGGUCAGGGGGAGAUGGCAGCCAAGGAGCCGUCCCCUAGCCUGGGGGCAUCCAAGGGUGAUUCAGGGUCCCACUGUGCUCCAUCCCCAAGGCGCCAGUCACCCAGGAGGGAGGAAUGGAGUCUUAGUUCCCCAGCUGUGGCCACAGGAGGUGUGCAACAGGGGCAGCAUCGAGAGACAAUCACGGGUCCUGCUGUAGGAUGAGCCCAGUUGCUUCCCAGGCACCUCACAUUCCCCUUGUCCUUUCGGGCUGGGACCCACCAUAGGAGGAGUCUCUGCUUCCAAAGAUGCAUCUGAGCCCCUGACCACCCUCCUCGGGGUGGCAGGACCCUGUGGUGCCAUCCCUGCUUGUGCUCUUCCCUGGAGCUCUGUGCUCCUGUGCUGGCACUGUCAUCACACCUCGCUCCAGCCCAGGGGGAGCCAUCCCUGGACCGGGAUGUGCCCGUCUCCAGGCAAAACCAGGCUACCUCGGUCCUUGGGAAAGGGGCACGUUUCCUCUCAGUAACACAACAGAAAACCUUAAUUUGAUUUUUCCCCUAUGCAGAGCCAGGAAGGAGGCAUCAGAGGGGGAGCUUCUGCUUUUGCUUUAAUUAAUUCAAACCUCAGUCCUCACUUUCCUUCAUUGCUCCUCGUUGCCUGCCAGAGGCUCGGUAUCAUUCCCUGCUCCAAGCAGCAGCUCAGGCGUAAUUAACACCCUCCACUGGCAGGUUAUUCCAGCCAGGGAGGGGGGACAGUGGUGGCUGAAGCUAGGGUGGCUUCUCAGGGAGCCAGGGCUCCUGCUCUGUCCACAGCGCCUGGAUCCACCAUCUGCAUUGCCCAGUGAGCUGGGCACGUGCCUGCAGCUGAGGGAACUGACUGAGCAUUGCUGCCUGUGCUGGGCCUCGAGGCAAUUAGUGAGAAAGCUUAAUUAGUCACUGCAGCUCAGCCUGGUCGCUGCUUGCACUUCAUCGGAUCUAUGUUUGCAUGGUGUCACUGGGGUAGAUUCUGCCUCCCUGAGGAAGGGGGAGACCUUUGGGAGCUGUAGCACAGCUUGGAAAAGCUCACAGGCAGCAGCAGGAAGGGGAGCACAGGCAGAGCCGUGGGCCUGGCACUGAAAUCUCUGUGAGGGUGCAGAGGGAGCCUCUGCAUCCCAAAAUGAUGUCCUGCCAUGGUGGGAAGUCCCCAGGAAAGCUCCAUGCCCUGGCCUAGGGAAGGUGUAGCCCAGGCUGCUGGCUUGGAUGGUCACCACACAAUCCUCACUGUCUCCUCUUAGGCAUGGCUUGGGACUCUGUUCUGUUAACAUGUAAUUAAUUGGCUUCUCAUUGAUUAAAUUAACAGGCAGCACUGUGCUCCACAGGGGGGGAGCCCCGGGAGCUGCUCAGGCUGGGGUAGGCAAAGGGCUGGCUCAGGGGUCAUCAUGGGGUCUGGAUCAAAACCCGCCUCUGCUUCCAUAAUGAAUGUCUGGCAGGAGCAGGGACAGCUGCAGUGGCCUCACAGAGUGACACCAGCCUGGAGGGGACCCCAGGGACCAUUUGGGGUCUCAGGGCAGGCAGUGGGAGCAGCAGUCCUGGUGCUGGGGCUGUCCCUGUCACCCUCAGAGCACUCACAGCCCCAGUGAGGGCAGCACCAUGGUCAGGAGGGAAUUUCUGUGAGAAAGUGAAAUCUUCAGGGUUCCCCCUCCACCCCAAAAAGGUGUUUUCCCCACUAGUCAUCACUCGAAGAGGAACAUGUUUUCCCCCCCCCACCUUCUCCAUGAGACAUCCUUUACUCUCCUGCUUGUUCCAGGGCAAUGCUGGGAUCGCCAGCACCUGCCAGUGCCACGACAGGUGAGCGGGCAGGGCUGAGUGACACCAUGGUGGCAUUGCUGGGGGGGCCAGUAGGCUGUGCCCCUCCAGGUGCUCCCAGCAAGGCAGUGCCAGAGGGGUAACCACCUUGAUCCAGAGGGACAGGCAGAGGGACUAGAUGGGGGACGAGGUGUCCUGUCCCCUUCCAUCCCAUAACGCAUGGGAAUUGGGGAUUUUGUCACCGUGGGCACAGUGACACUGUGGUCCUGCACCUCCACUGCUGGGGAAACUCACCAUCCCAUCACCCAUGGGAAUUGGGGAUUUUAUCACCGUGGGCACAGUGACACUGUGGUCCUGCACCUCCACUGCUGGGGAAACUCACCAUCCCAUCACCCAUGGGAAUUGGGGAUUUUAUCACCGUGGGCACAGUGACACUGUGGUCCUGCACCUCCACUGCUGGGGAAACUCACCAUCCCUUGUCCCUGAGGAAAGGGCUAAACCUCCAUGGGAGCAGGCAUGGACUGCAAGCCUGUGGGAAGACCUCAUGGAAAGCUUGGGUCAUGGGGAACUGGGGAACCCUUGGCACCAACACCACGCCCUGGCGAGGAUGGCUGUGUCACACCAGCUCCAGCCAAGGUGGAUGGAGCUGCCCAGGGCUGGAGCAUCUCUCACCCCCAGGAACCCUGGGAGCAUUUUGUUCUUUUCUUUCUCUCCUUGUGACACCCAUCCCACGGCAUAUCCGAAUGUUUCUCGUCGAUGCCAGUUAUUAGUGCAUAAGUGUAUUUUGGGGAAAAAAUUAAAGCAGAAAAAAAAACAAAAAGGAAAAAAAAAAUUUUCAAUUUAUCACUUGUAACCAUAUAUAUAAAUAUAUAAAUAUAUAUAUUAAAAAGUGUUUAUUUGCAAAAAAUAAAAUUGUUUUAACGGUAAACUAUCUUAUAAUAAACUCCCGAUUUGUGAUGAUCUGUUUUUUUGUUAAUCAUUGACAAAUCCUCAGUUGGAGAGUACUGUCCGAGCAGCUCCGAGCAGCGCCCAGGCGCUCCCUGUACUGUAUGUAUGAAACAGCUGUAUCGAAUAAAUGGUUAUUGAUUUUUUAUUA